GAUUCGUCAGCGAUCGAUUUUGGCUUACCGAGCCCCCCUCCUGUCUGGCACCCACCCCAGAGACUUCGCUGCUCACAAAGACGAUUUCAAGCCUGGACGCAGGAUGAUUAAGUUCACCCCGAACACCGCGACUCUUAAGAAGAGGCUCGGAGAACGAGUGGAGCCCAUCCCAAAAGCGACCACCCCGUCCUCCCUCAGACAUGGUCUACGAUAUCCUCCGUGACGCAACCGCAGGACAAGUCCUCAACUACCUCACGAACGGCCGCCUCUUGCCGUAUCCCGAACAACGUCCGGACUUCGUUGUGCCACGACGCUUCCUGCUCCCUCAAAACCGCGACAGCGAUGAAACGACACUUUGCGAGGACAGACCCUCGGAGAAGUCGGAGGACGAUACACUCGCAGCGACGACGCCGAAUUCGGAGAUGAAGAGCGAUGAGACGAUGGGCGAUGUCGAGGAGCAGAAGCAAUCAAGCUUCGUCGAGAACGCCGUCGUGCCGGACCCAUACCUCGUCGGGUGGUACGGCGACUCGGAUCCGGAGAACCCAAGAAACUGGUCAUUUGGCAAACGUGCAUUCGUCGCCUUCGAGAUCAGUUUCCUCACAUUCAGCAUCUACAUCGGCUCCGCGGUCUAUACACCGUCCAUACCCGGCCUCAUGGCUGAAUUCGGGGUAUCUUUGACGAUGGCUACCCUGGGUCUGACGCUCUACGUGCUUGCAUAUGCGAUUGGCCCUAUGUUUCUGUCACCGCUUCAGGAGCUCCCCAUCUUUGGCCGCAAUCCAGUCUACAUCGGAUCCCUGCUCCUCUUCAUCGUCUUCCAGAUCCCGCUCGUCUUCGCCAAGAACAUCCACACCGUCCUCGCAUUGCGGUUCAUGACGGGCUUCUUCGGCAGCCCGGCGCUCGCCACGGGCGGUGCGUCGAUGGCGGACAUCUUCCCCGCCAGCCAGCUUGCGUACGUCGUGGGCGUCUGGGCGCUCGGUGCGUGCGCCGGCCCCAUUGCAGGUCCCGUCGUCGGUGGAUUCGCGGCGCAGGCCGAGUCGUGGCGCUGGCCGAUGCUCGAGCUCGUGUGGAUCACGUCGUUUGCGGCCGUGUUCCAGUCUGUGCUCCUUCUGGAGACGUACGGGCCCACGAUCCUGCUCCGCCGCGCUGAGCGCCUGCGGAAGAUCACCGGGAACGACCAACUGCGGACUGCUGCGGAGCGCGCACAGGAGUCGCAGACUGCGGGCGACGUUGUCUAUGAAGCUCUGGUGCGCCCUCUGGUGCUGUCGAAGGAGCCGGCUCUGGCGUUUGCCAAUGUCUAUCUGGGCUUCAUUUAUGCGAUCUUUUACCUCUGGUUUGAGGCUUUCCCAUUGGUCUUCAUCGACAUCUACCACUUCAAUCUGGGUGUCAGCGGUCUGCCUUUCCUGGCAUUCAUUGUCUCAGGCACACUAGUAUACUUCGGAUACUGUCUGUACCAGAAAUAUCACAUCGCACCUCGGCUGGCCCGCGGCCAAGUCGCACCCGAGAUCCGGCUCGAAAUAGGUCUCAUGGGGAGCAUCUUCAUCCCCACCAGCGUGCUCAUCUUCGGAUUCGCCUCCAAGGCUAGCGUGCCCUGGAUCGUGCCCGUGAUCGGCGCCGCACUCUACCUGCCCGGGAUCUUCCUCAACUUCCAGAGCGUGCUCAUGUACAUCACGUCGGCGUACCCCGAUCACGCGGCGUCGGUUUUGGCCGGGAACGACCUGUUCCGGUCGGCGAUCGCCAGUGUCUUCCCGCUCUUCGGACGGGCGUUCUUUACGAAUCUGGGACUGGGUCCCGCCUCGGCUCUGCUUGCGGGCAUCUCGUUCCUGCUGAUGCCGGUAUUCUAUAUGCUGUUGCGAUAUGGACAUGUUCUCCGGCAGAAGUCCACGUACGCAUCGAGUGGGUCAUUAUAGCGCUAUAAUGUUUUGUAGACUCUUCCAAAGGGAUUAUAGAUUAGACUAUUGUACAUGUAAUGUUAGGGACUGUAUCGUUUACAUAUCGAGACGUGAUGAAAUACAAGCUGCCACUCAGUGGGGGAACUCCAAAAGGAGCACAUUACCCGAGAACGCCUCUGCUCAGCCUCACGCGCUGGCGGCAAGAUAAGGGAAUGCUGUUCGGGCCACGCAAUACGACAUCGUCCUCUUCCGCGCCGACGCGCUCUUCAAGACGGUCUGGACGCUCCUGAUCCCGCAGCUGCGCAAAGAGCUCGGCCACCACCUCAAGCACCCUAAACACGCGUCGAACACGACUGUCCUCCAGACCCGCGCUGCGCUGGACAUCUGCCAGCAGCACCAAACGCACUGCCUCGGAAAGAACCAGCAGUACAAGUCCAUGAAGGCCUGCCUCGCGUUCGUGCGCGACACGAUUCCAUUCGGCGAGGUGUGGCAGGGCGGGCAGAACACGGCGUGGUGCCGCUACAUCCACACCCCGAUGCUGCCGCUGCGGCCCGAGGUCCAUUGCCCACAUAUCGGCCCGACCGGAGGGGAUAUGUGUUUCGAGCACUCUUACGCCCAACUUAUCCAGAACCCAUUCAAGCAGCCUUUCAUUGCGCUUCCCGGGAACUUGACGGCUUCGUCUUUGCAUAACUGAAUAGACGGUCUCAUAAUCUUGAUCGUCGCUCGAGAGAGAUGUUGCAAUACACGUACAUAUAACUGAUAAUCGAGCUUGUUCGGAUGCUCUUAUGCUUUCGAU